ACAGUCAUGUUCAACAACGAGCUGAUGGCCGAUAUUCAUUUUGUGGUGGGACCUCCUGGAGGAACCCAGAGAGUGCCGGGACACAAGUAUGUCCUGGCUGUUGGUAGUUCUGUAUUUCAUGCCAUGUUCUACGGAGAACUGGCUGAAGAUAAGGACGAGAUCCGGAUCCCUGAUGUGGAGCCAGCGUCCUUCCUCGCCAUGCUCAAGUAUAUCUACUGCGAUGAGAUCGACCUGUGUGCUGACACCGUCCUCGCCACGCUGUACGCCGCCAAAAAAUACAUUGUACCCCACUUGGCCCGCGCUUGCGUCAACUUCCUGGAGACCAGCCUGAGCGCGAGAAACGCCUGCGUCCUGCUCUCUCAGAGCUGCCUGUUCGAGGAGCCCGACCUCACGCAGCGCUGCUGGGAGGUGAUCGACGCGCAGGCCGAGCUCGCGCUCCGUUCCGAGGGCUUCUGCGACAUCGACGCUCAGACUCUGGAGAGCAUUCUGCGGCGCGAGACGCUCAACGCCAAGGAGAUGGUGGUGUUGGAGGCGGCGUUGAGCUGGGCGGAGGCCGAGUGUCACCGACAGGAACUCCAGCCCAGCAUCGAGAACAAACGGCUUGUUUUAGGAAAGAACAUCUACCUGAUACGGAUCCCGGCGAUGGCGCUCGAUGAUUUCGCCAACGGCGUUGCGCAGUCCGGCGUGCUGACGCUCAACGAAACCAACGAUAUUUUCCUGUGGUACACAGCGGCCAAGAAACCGGAGCUGAAGUUCGUCUGCAAACCACGGAAAGGGUUAACGCCGCAGAGGUGCCACCGCUUUCAGUCCUGCGCCUACCGCGGCAAUCAGUGGCGAUACCGCGGGCGCUGCGACAGCAUUCAGUUCGCCGUGGACAAGCGCGUCUUCAUCACCGGGUUCGGGCUGUACGGCUCCAGCUGCGGUUCGGCGGAGUACCAGGCCAAGAUCGAGCUGAAGCGGCAAGGCGUGACGCUCGGCGUCGCCAUCAUCAAAUACUUCUCCGAUGGCUCCAGCCAAACCUUCCCCGUCUUCUUCGAGUACCCGGUGCAGAUCGAACCCGACACCUUCUACACAGCCAGCGUGGUUCUAGAUGGGAACGAGUUGAGUUAUUUUGGCCAGGAGGGCAUGACGGAGGUCCAGUGCGGGAAGGUGACCUUCCAGUUCCAGUGCUCUUCGGACAGCACCAACGGGACAGGUGUGCAGGGGGGGCAGAUCCCCGAACUCAUAUUUUAUGCUUGAGAGAGCGUCCCAUUCACAACUGAUUAAUCAGAAACCAGUCUUGUUGUUCCUUAAUGAAGUGCUGCUCAGAUUUUGCACAAAGGCUGUAAAAAGAUUCUUGGAGAUUACUGACAAUCCAUAUAGACUAUAUUAGAAGUGUUAGUGCACCUGAAAAUGAAGUUCGGUCAUUUUACUCAGCCUCAUUGUCUUCAAAACCAAUAUGCCUUCUGUGCAACAUAAAAUUUCAUGCUUCUGUUUUCCAUCCAGGAUCAAUGGAGACUGAGGCUGUCAGACUUAGAAAUCUUAAAGUGGUCCAUUAAACCUAAUUUACACCAUGAAAUACACUUUACCGUGCAAAAGUUUGG